GUCCUCCCGGCGGCGCGGUGCCGCCAUGUCUUCAAGAGAGAAGCGGUUAAUAGCGCUUAUCUCUCUCGUGGUCUGUGCUACCGCAAUAUUCUGUCUAGUUCUGUAUUAUAUUCCAACGUUGCUUUACAUAGCUUUCAUUAUUGUAGUUUGUUGCGUUGCCUGUUAUUAUCAGAGCGGAGAAUCUCUUUACGUUAGAUUAGGCCCUCAUCCACGCCGUGGUCUGACAAUUCCACCCGUGCUGCGACGCUGUUUGCCAGGGAUUGCAAACGGAGUACCCACAGCGGGAAGAGUUAGAAGUCGCACGGUCAAGGAUGUUAGGGAAUCAGUAUUUACUGGCCAACGACGUUUCGAUAGCGCUAUUUGUCGGAAAGACGCGACACACAGUGACUCAUUUAUUCUCAGUCCUCGGGAUAUACUCAUGGGAAGUUACAUUGGGAAGGCAAAAAGUCCUGCCUCAGUUGUGGGGAGGCCGCGAGCGGGUGCAAGUUCGGGUGCUAACACCAUCGCACGAGAACAGUUAACUUUACACGAAAGAUUGGCGCGACCCAACCAGGCUGUCAUUACUCCAAACAGACGACUGUCAUUCGGGGGUGAGCCCCUUGGCACUGUGGGCAGGUUCACCAUCACUCCCCAGCGCCACUACCCCCUCCAGCAGACGGGCACCUCUGUGGGCAUCCUGCCCCCGACCCAGUGGGACGGCUUCAGAAAGAAGAAUAUUCUCACCCCUCGCAACUCUCCGGCAGUCCACAGUCCAGUCACAGUGAAGAUCGCUAGGCCAGAUCACAACACCACUCAAUCCCAGUUAUUUGAUCAUUUGAACUCCCCGGGAGUCCUUGGCUCUCCAGGCCUGGGGGCCCCUGCAGACCCCUGCUCCAGGGAGACUGUUCUGAGCGUGCUCAAAGAGAGUCGCAAAAGAGUGGUGGAAGAUGACAGGAGCUUCACUGCAGGGCAAAAGAGCAAAAGGAGGCGCCAUGACAGCAGUGGGAGUGCUCACUUGGCAUUUGAGCCACUACUGCCCAAUGGAGCUCCAUCACAGCUGGUGCUGAAUUCUCUGAAGCGGGGGCUGAAUGCUAUGGUGGAAGAGUCAACAAUGAAGAGGUCACGCACCUCCUCCAUCAGCUCUGUGAGCUGUGGCCUGACCCCCAGCGGCACCCUGGGCUCGGUCCGCAACUCCAUCCGUAGCUCCCUCAGCUCCUCACAAGGCAUUACUCCGUGGAAAAAAGCCUCCACCCGCAGUCUCUCCCCGCUCUCCAGCCCUGGGUCGUCCCGGUCCCAGACCCCAGAGAGAGCCUCUAAAAAGCCUAGGGAAGAGGACGCUCGCUCACCCAGCUCCGUGUCCUUGGCGAGGUCUGACAAGACGUUGACAGACCCAGCACCAACCACUGGGAAGCUGUCUCCAGCCCCUGAAGUCCCUGUGGCUUCAGCCUCGUCAGACUCUGCCGGUAGUGGGAAACGGAAACGUAAGAUUCCGCUGGUGUCCAGCCGUAGAGGAGACCAAAUCUCUUUGCCUCCACCUCCUGAGUUGGGCUACACCAUCACGGUGAAAGACCUGGAUCAGGAGAAGAAAGCCGCUCUCAGCCAGAUCAACACAGUCCUCAAAGAGCCUGAGCCAGAGAAGCCUGCUCCGGUAGUGACCACAUCUUCUAAGCCUCCCGUGUCAGACAACCCCACACCCACCCUGCUGGCCAGCCAUCUUACCGUUUCAAUGCCUGCUCGUGUGGCGGCUCCUAUCCCUGUCAUCAACCUAGACCCCGUCCCCUCAAAUACCGUCAACACGGCCCCAACCUCCACCUCCUUCCCUGUCACCAACACCCCUGCAGCCAACCCCCUCCUGGAGUCUCUGAAAAUGAUGAGGAACAACCCCCUCACCAGUGCUGCUGCUGACAAUCCUACAGCAGUGACGAACCCUGCACCACUGGUGCCUGCAGAGCAGAAGUCGAAGACCAGCUUGACUGCUCCUCAGGCCACCCUACCCUCCCUCUCCCAGCCUGCACUACCCUCCCUCUCUCAGCCUGCACUACCCUCCCUCUCUCAGCCUGCACUACCCUCCCUCUCUCAGCCUGCACUACCCUCCUCUCAGCCUGCACUCGCACCACCCUCCCUCUCCCAGCCUGCACCACCCUCCCUCUCCCAGCCUGCACCACCCUCCCUCUCCCAGCCUGCACCACCCUCCCUCUCCCAGCCUGCACCACCCUCCCUCUCCCAGCCUGCACCACCCUCCCGCUCCCAGCCUGCACCACCCUCCCGCUCCCAGCCUGCCAGCACCAUGCCCUCUGCCUUCACCCAGGCGCUGAGCCAAGUUACCAAGGCCCCCAGCAGUGUCCCCAUCCUGGGUGGAGCGAGCCUGUUUGGAAUGGCCAAUCCACUGACUGCCCCGUCCUCAUCACUGGGCCCCACCACCACCACAGAAACAACCAGUAGUAAUAAUCCCCUCCAGGCCUCUGUGUUCAAGCCCAUCUUCGGGGCCACGGCCUUAGCCCCAGAGGGCACACCUGCUCUUCCCACCUUUAAACCCAUAUUUGGAAGUGCCACAGCCACCAGUGCUUUCGGACAGCCAGCCUCCACCUCAGCCCCCUCCAAUGCCAGUACGUCUGCCAUAGUGUUCAGCAGGCUAACCAACAGCAGUACAGUGGCCCCAGCCACCUCCCUGUUCACUGGGCUGUCUAAUAGCACCAACCCAGCCACCCCGCCAUCUGUUAAGUCUCUGUUUGGAAGCUGGAGUGCGCUACCUGCAACGACUGCUGCCACAACCACUGCCACAGGAAGUACCUUCCAGUUCGGCACCGCCUCCACCACAGCUCCUGGACCCACUCUCAGCUCCACUGCAGCCGCCACCACUAGCAACAGCGGCUUUUCGUUUGGUGCGAUGACCACCACCUCUGCCACCACUCAACCCACCCCCUCAGCUACCACCCAGGGGGGAUUCACCUUUGGCCAGCCUGUAGCCACCCAGAGCUCUACCACUGCAUCCUUCGGUGGCUUUGGCAUGGCCACUGCAGCCACUGCUACUGCUCCUGCACCUGCAAACCAGUCCACUUUCACAUUUGGGAAGUCGUCGUUCGAAGCUCCGGCAGCAUCGGUGUUCCCCGGUGCGAUUCAGGCCCCGGCUGCUACUGCGGCAGCUAAUCCUUUCACAUUUGGGUCACCUGCCACUGGGGCCACCCCUGCCCCUUUUGCUUUUGGUGCUGCUGCCACUACGGCAACCUCUACCUUUGGGGCCACCACUAAGCUGGCAUUUGGAGCCAACUCCACAGGUUUUGCAUUUGGCAACACCACCGGCACCCCAGCAGCCCCUGCAUUUGGCUCUGCCACCCAGACUGUCGGCAUACUCCCAGCCUCCGCCCCAACUUUCUCGUUUGGUGGUGUGUCCACACAGCAGGCCCCUGCUACCCCUGCCCAGCCUGCCACCGGAGGAUUCAACUUCGGCGCAGCCAUUUCAGGCACUCAGUUUGGAACCUCUAACCCCACAACACAGACACCAGGCUUCAACUUUGGGACGUCUACCCCUGCUUUUGGCCAGAGCACAGCUGCAGGUCCUGUCCCCUUUGGAAGCCCAGGAACUCCAGUCCAAGGAUUCAGUGCUAUGGGAUCCUCAUCAUUUGGCUCUCCAUCAGCUCCUUCGUUCUCCAUUGGCGCUGGCUCCAAAACAUCAGGGGCGCGCCAGAGGCUACAGGCCCGAAGGCAGCACCCCAGGAAGAAGUAGUCUAGCCAGGUGUGGUAGCAUCUGGUAUAGCCUGGAAGCCCUUACCCAUUCAGCACUGCCAUGACAUCCUCCAGAGGAGCUGAACUGAUACUUCUAUGGCUAACACAUUGUAACCCCAGUCAGACCCAACAGCCAUCCCUAGCUUUCUGUUCCCCUGGCUGGGCUGGCCCCCUUUGGUACAGGGUUAGCAGAGGAGCACACACUCCAACUACCGGUAGGAUGUCUACCGCUCUACUGAUUGUGUAGCCACUCUCACAGUGAGGAAAGGAAAGGGGGAUAUGGAGACAAAACGAUAGUGUGUUAUACUUGAAAGAGAAAAGACUAUUGAAAUCCUUUAGACUUUGAGGGAAGCAUAUCCAAUUUUUAAAAAACUGUCCCAGCUUUUGGAUUUCCCCUACUACGCCCGUUUCAUGACAUGUUUUUGACAGUUGAAUCGAGACGCGUGCUUACACUUGUUUUUGUAUGAAAUUCUAAGCAGGGCUGUGUUAACGGCUAUACAAGGGCUGAACGUGUUUUUCUGACAUAUGCCCACGGUCAGAAUGGGGCUCACGUAUAGUAUAAUUUGUGGAUUUAUCCAUCUGUACAUGUUAACCAUACUAUAUAGGAGAUGUUGACCGUUUUGAGAUAAUGAAUUGUUUAUUUUACAUUUUAAAGACAUUUUUAAUUUGGGUUAAUGAAGACUGGUAUGUGGCAUCUCUGCACUAGUUAGGUUUUGAAUGAGUGCUUUCUGUAUUGGUCCCAGAUAUGUCAUUUUAUUGUACAGUAUCACAGACACUGGGAAGCAUUCCUGCAAUGUAAUUUUUAUACUUGUUUGAUCCUAAAUGACAGAAUAAGGUAAACAACAAUAAAAUCCUUUAUCAGAAUGCCAUCAUGGGAUCAGUUAAACAUAACACAUGUAAACAUAAUGUGGAGUUUCAGGGUAGUAGUCAUUAAUGGGUCAAUAUUGUGUUGGUGUAAAUAGGUUACCCUGGACUUGUGCUGAAAACCAAAGCCAAUACUUAAGGUUUGACCUACAAAAUAAUCUCUUCUACUGCUUAGUCUAGGACAAAAAGGACCCAUGAAAGGUAUCUCAUUUUCCCCACUAUUCCUGCUCUCACCAUAGUGGGGGCAUUCAAAACAGAUCUGGGGACUGGUUGAGAAUCUUAGAAAAUCCUUCAUUUUUGUCUUGAAGUAACUUCUCCUGAGGAUUGUAAUUACAUUGGCUGGGUAAAAGCAAGCUACUGUACUUUCAACCUAACCUAUGUAUUACUACAAGAAAGUAAGGAUGCAUUUUAAACGUGGUUAAGAGCAGGUGUGCUAUGGGAGGGAGGGGUAACGUGGUCCUGGAGAGCCAUAGGGGAUGGAGUCUUCCCCAGCACUGAACACAGAUUCAACUAGUCAGUCUUGAUUGAAGACCCUGCUUGAUCACAAACAUCUGGACAUUGUACCACAAGACCCCAUGCAUCUGUAUACUAUCAAAACCAAGAUGAGUGCAUUUAUAAGAUAAUUGAAUUUGGAGUGUACAUGCUCCCCUCUUAAGCGCUGCAGAUAGACAUACUUUACGUGCACCUUCAGCAGUCAAACCGCUUUCCCCUCCCCUGUAUGAUUCCCCUCAAGUCUUUUCUGGUGUUUUUAGCUUGUUAUUAUUUUUGCCUCGGUGAGUCUGGCUUGGAGGAAGUAAUGUGGUGACUGGCGGCAUAUUGCUAGUGCCGGACGUGGUUUUACCCGCACGCUCAAUGGGUGAUGUUCUGAGUUUUGUUGGGACUUUUUAACAAUUUAUUGAUGAAUGUGUUUGAGUGUGACAAUACAACUGGAUUAACAAAUGUGCACAGCAGGAGAGGUGUUCUUUUCAUUAAUGCUGGAUCAAAACUCAGGACUAAAGGAACUGGAGGGUAAUUGUCUUUCAAGUCAAACCUAACCUCUUUGUGCGCUAAACAUGACUAAUCAUGUAGGUUAAAAUUACCUCUGGUGUUGAAUCGGUUCUUAAUUGGGCCGCCCCUCUUGAGACAGAACUAGGAUUUUGAAUACAAAUUUUUAAUCGGAACCUCUCCUGGUCGAGCCAAUUAGGCUGGUUAUUGUGAGAGGUGUGUGAAUGUGUGUGGGGGUCCUGAUUUGGCUAAAUAGUGUCAAUGUACACAACCUUUAUUUUUGUAUUAAGGCAGGUUGCCUUUUAGAAUUCCUUCAAGCUUGGCUCACUGAGACGAUUGGUCUAGUUUAUAGAAUUUUUCGAGUUAAGGUUUCCUCAACCGUAAUGAAAUUGUGGAAUAAAAGCAUCUAAAAGUUUCCCUUUGUAAGAGCUCCACUUUUUUAUAGGAGCGCAUACUGGGUCUGCUACUGUAUGGGUACUGUAAAUUAAUGAUGUCUGUCUGAUCAUUGUGUACAGUACAAGCCUGAUAAACGUGAAUUGUGUUGCUUUAGACAUGAAUGAGACUUGUGGCUUUGUGUGUUACUGUGUGAGGCGUGUGUGUAUAGAAAGACUGACUUGAAUGUGAGUUUAUUUUUGCUGGGACUGAAGUCCCCUGUUCAUUCUUUUAAAUUAUAUUUUAAUGUAUCAUUCUACGAUGUAACUAAUGUAUGAUACAUGUUAUACUUAAAUCCCUUUUAAAACAAUUGAUAGCACCCCACCUCAGUUAUCUGGAAGUGAAGUGAGAUCAAUGAAGUCUGCCCUGUGGUCAUUUUUGACUGACAGCUUUUGAAAGAAGGCUGUUUUUGUUUUGCUCAGUUUACCAGGCUUGUUUUUACUUGUGAUAUCUGCUUACGACAGAUGGGUGGACAAUGUGCUGAAGGUCAACUCAAACCAUAUUGAAUGGCCCGGCCACCUUGUUUGUUCCCAUAGACAGGACUUUAUAAUCGUCUUAUCUUGUUGGUCCAGAUUUUGCGUAUGCACGAAACAUUUGAAUGUAGUAUAUUUAACCAGUCACACUUUUGUGCUUUACCCAUUUGUAAAUCAAACAGUCAUUUACCCUUGUGCAGAGCUGUGUAAAUAAGUCAUGUUUAACAUUUGGACUUGUGGAUUUAAUCAAGGACCAAGGCUUUACCAUGUGUUUAUUUUGUUGAAGCUUCAAAUGACUGACUUUUUAUAACAUGGAAAGUGUUCGGGCUGGAUGUCUUAAAUUGAGUGUUUGAGAGGUUUGUUACUGUGAAUGGGAACGCAAACAUCGGCUCACAAUGGGCAAUUCGAGAGGAGAGUAAAUGUGCAGACAUGGGCAGCGUAUUAUAACAUUCUCCCCUCUGCUCAUGUCUUAAAUGUACUGUUUUUAAAUAAAAUGUGUUAGAUCUUA